AUCAUUGGGGGACUUUAAAGCUGACGUUCAAUGAUGGUGACGGGGUCGGAUCCGUGUGUUUAGUUCACUCUAGCUUGUCAUUCUUGUAUAAAAUACCGUCUUUAGCGUUCUAACGGGAUUCAGCCCGGUUAUCUGGACGCCGGUUCCGGUUGCACACCGACGUCACUUAGCGGAGUGACGCGUAGCGAGAUACACGAACGUGUUCGGCUAGCUAACGUUGGUCCGUUUCUUUUCGUUAAUGCUUAUUCUUGUUGGGUUUUCUCUUUCGCGUGUGUAUGUUCCGCGUCGCUAGGACGGCUUCGUCGUCUUUUUGCUAGAGAAGCCGCCAUGUUCCACAACAGCUCACAGAAGAAGUUCUGGAUCUAUAAAAACGAGGACGAGCUGGAGCAGCUCAGGUGCGCGGCCAAUGAGAAAUUCCGCAGGAAGGCACUGGAAAGUGGAAAGCCGGCUGCCGGCGACGCCAUGUUGCUGGAGCGCCGUGAGGAGGACGCGCUGUUUCGACACUACGAGAGGAGGCUGCUGGACUUCUGCUGCGCCUUUAAACCCGUGAUGCCCAAGUCUGUGGUGGGCACAGCCAUCAUGUACUUCAGGAGAUUCUACCUGAACAACUCGAUCAUGGAGUAUCACCCCAGGAUUAUCAUGCUAACGUGUGCAUACCUGUCCUGUAAGGUGGAUGAAUUCAACGUGUCCAGUACCCAGUUUGUGGCAAAUCUGCUGCAGGAGACUCCAGCAGGACAGGAAAGGGUCGCAGAGCAAAUCCUAGAGUAUGAGCUGCUGCUCAUCCAGCAGCUCAAUUUUCACUUGGUGGUCCACAACCCCUACAGACCCAUGGAGGGUCUGCUCAUAGACCUCAAGACUCGAUACCCGAUCCUGGAGAACCCGGAGUCGCUGAGGAAGAGUGCCGAUGACUUCUUAACCCAGGCAGCCAUGACGGAUGCAGGGCUUCUGUUUUCUCCGUCCCAGAUCGCUCUGACCGCCAUCCUAAACAGCGCUUCCAGAGCUGGUCUCAACAUGGAAAGCUACCUGACUGAAUUCUUGGGCCUGAAAGAGGACAAAGAGACUCUUUCCAAGAUGUACGACUCCAUGCGACGGAUGAAAACCCUCCUGAAGAAGUAUGAGCUUCCCAAACAGGAGGAGGUGAACUUUUACAAACAGAAGCUGGAGAGGAUUCAUGCUGAAUUUAGCGCUUCAAGCAACAAACGAAAAAGAGGAUAUGAAGAAGACGACCACGUGGCUAAAGAACCUCGUCUGACUGAAGAGGACUGGACUGAUGAAGACCUCCUAUGAGCUUUAUUGGAUUAGGGUAUUAAGCUGUUAAGGUUCCUGCUUUACUCCAGUGUUUUAUAAGGUGUGGUAAAUGCCACGAAAUGAAGUGCACAUUUUGGUUGCAUUUUUUUUUUCAUGCAGAGAGAAUAAAGGUAUUUUUCUACAA